UUAGCGUUUAUAAAUCAUGAUCAUUGUCUCCACAAAUAUCAUUCUUUUGAUGUUGAAAAAACAUGAAAGACUAAAUUUACUAAUUAAACUGCCUUUUUCUUUCUAUACAGUAAGGUGCGGAUUAUGCUGAUGAUAAUCACAGAAAACAUAAAGAAGUUGAAGAGGUGGUAAUUGUUCAAAAUUCGGUAACAUUUAAAAGUUCAAAGUAAACAGCAAAAAUGUUUCCAAGACAGCUCCGACGCCUCGGCAUACGAUUGUGUGUAAUAGUUGGACUUUUCUGGUUGGGGACAGUGUUUUUAGGAUUAAAAAACACUAUGGAUUUAAAAGACAAAGAGGAAGUUUAUGAAAUGUUUCGAGCCGGUAAAGGUGUAAACGAUAAGCCGUUGGAUCAUGUUAAUAUUAAUAAUGAUAAUCAAAUAGACUUGAACGUGAAUAACGUUAAUGAAAAGCAAGACAAAAUGGUACAUAGAAAUGCCAAAAUUGACAAUAAUAUAGAAUCUCGUAAAAGGGUAAGUGCAAUAAAUAUCAAUGUUCAAAAAGCAAACGAAAAUUCUGUAGAAAAACAAACGGUACUUAAACCUAUUGAACAAAAUCCAAUUGAAGAAAAUCAAAACGCUGCCAAAGACGUUCCUGACAAACGUCAGCCAAACGAACCCGAUAAAGUUGCUAAUGAGGCUAAUGUGGCACAGAUAGGAGCUCCAGUGAAUCGAGCUGACAAGGACAGACCCCUCGAUGCCCCAGGUGAGAUGGGCAAACCCGUGUAUAUUGACAAAGAAAAACUGACCAAGGAGCAGCUAGCGGACUUCGACAAGGGAUGGCUGGACAACGCCUUCAACCGAUACGCCAGUGAUAUGAUAUCCCUCCAUAGGGCACUUCCGGAUAUUCGAGAUGAAGCUUGCAAGACGAUAGAUUACGGCGAAAACCUCCCGUGUACAUGCGUCAUAAUCAUUUUUCACAACGAGGCUUGGAGUGUUCUUUUACGAACCAUUCACAGCGUUAUCGACCGAUCCGAGCCAAACCUUUUAAAAGAGAUAAUUGUUGUGGACGACUUUUCUGACUUUGAUCACCUGAAGGAUCCACUCCAGGAGUACAUCGACAAGCUGGACAAAGUGACCUUGGUACGGGCAACUGAGAGGUCCGGGCUUAUCAGGGCUCGGCUCAUGGGCUUCGACAAGUGCACAGCAGAGGUGGCCAUUUUCCUUGAUUCGCACUGUGAAGCUACGGAAGGUUGGCUUCCACCUCUGCUUGCGCGUAUCAACGAAAAUGAAACAAACGUUCUAGUUCCGGCUAUCGACGUUAUUGAUCAGGAUACGUUUUCAUACGGGUAUAGACAAAACCAAGAUGCUAAGGACAUGUUUGUCGGUGGUUUUGAUUGGGGGUUAUUGUUCAACUGGCAUCAGGUCCCAGAACUGGAGCUGAAAAGAAUUGGCUAUAAAACUUAUGUACCUGUACGAACUCCGACAAUGGCAGGUGGGUUAUUUGCCAUCAGUAGUAAGUUUUUCACAAAGCUUGGAACAUACGACAGUGGAUUCGACAUUUGGGGUGGGGAAAACCUUGAGCUCUCAUUCAAAACGUGGAUGUGCGGGGGUACGCUUGAGACGAUCCCCUGCUCACAUGUUGGUCACGUGUUCCGGAAAAGAAGUCCAUACAAGUGGGACUCGAAGAGGAAUGUGCUGAAGAGAAACUUGGUGCGGCUGGCAGAGGUUUGGCUGGAUGAGUUCAAGGAAUAUUUCUACCAAAGGAUCGGGGGAGACCUGGGGGAGUACGGUGAUGUGAGUGAUCGCAAAGCAUUGCGGGAAAAGCUUCAGUGUAAGAGCUUUAAAUGGUAUCUGAACAACAUUUACCCUGAACUGUUCAUACCUGGGGAAGCCGUAGCAUCUGGAGAGAUUCGCAACUACGAUCGCUCAAUGUGUGUGGACGCGCCCACGGAGCCGGGUAACGCCGCAGGGAAAAUAUCCAUGUACCCGUGCCACGGACAGGGCGGAAACCAGUUUUGGUUGAUAAGCAAGGAGGAUGAAAUCAGGCGUGACGAGAGUUGCUGGGACGCUACUGACGGCACAUUGCUAAAGGUUAUCCAAUGUCAUAGUCAGAAGGGACAUCAGCUUUUCCUGUACAGGGAGGACGACACUAUCUACAAUCCUGCGUACGACAAGUGUCUCGAGAUGUCAUGGGACGCCCAAAGUGUAAACAUGGCGCCGUGUGUUGCUAGCAGUCGACAAAAGUGGAAAAUGCAGCGCAAAAAGCCGGACCUACCGGGACGGGCGUAGAAAUGAAUUAUGACAUAUUUUUAGUUUACUAAGUAUUUGAAAAUGAAUUAAAUUCCGUGUACCAACACAAAUAGUUGUUGUUUGUAUAUUUAUUGCCAUACAAUUCAUAAAUUAAAUAUAACAUUCA